UUAACAGUCGAGCAUUAAGUCUUCGUUACGAACAGCAACACCACAACCGUCGUCACAGCGAGCGAGUUUAGUUGCCCUGAGGUGGGCAGAGCUGCUUUGUUCUGGACGGGAUCCACGCUUCAAACAAUAUCUACCUAAUCUUCAGCUCACAUGUUGAAACAUCCUAACCACAGAAACAAAUAUCUGAUUCACUGAGGUCUGACUUGAGUAUCAGGUGCCUGAGAGCAGCAAUAUCAGAAGGAUGGAGGCAAAGGCAGACCCCGAGCCUGGGGCCCAGGUUCCGGACAACUCCGAGGUCGCAACUCUGGACACAUCCGGGUUUGAAGUAACUGCUAACAGGCUGGAGCAGCUGAUGAAGAGCAUGGAGGUGCUGCUGUCAGAUGUGGAGCAGCUGCGGGGCCACUGCAGCCACCAGGCUACCGAGCUGAUGCGUGCGGCGGUGGAACUGAGGAAGCAGCAAGAAGACCUGAAGGAGAGCUACAUGGAUUUGUCCAGAGAAAUGCAGGAAAUCAUAGAUACAGUGGACGACCUGUUCAGCACCAAGAGUGCCUUUGAAGCCAAAGAGAAGCAAGCACAGAAACUGAACCGGCAGCUCUGAGGGGCAGAAAGCAGCUGAUGGACUUUGUUUUUCAUUGAGGAGAAAGCAAAAAAACUUCAGAGGGUGUGAUUUUGGAUUUGGAUGUGUGAGUCAAAAUUUGAUUUGGGUGUGGAUGUGGUGUGAAACGCUGAGGUUUUCAUGGCUUUAAAUGCUGCUUUACAAUGCUUUAAAUAGAUUCAUGGCAUUAUAGAAACUUUUUGCAGUGCAGCUUUCUUUAUAGGUCUUUAUCUGACAACCACCUUUACUGAAAAGCAAUAUGUAAAAUGCAUGAUUCUGUAUUUCUUCACUUAGUCCUGUGAAUAUCACACAAUCAAUUAAGAUAGGUUAUAGCCCCAAAACUAACCAUAAAGUUUUGUCAACACCUCCACAUCACAGUUUAAAUAAAACAAGAAUAUUAUGAGCCUAACGAGGGUACAAUUUGCUGCAUUGCCUUCAUACUGGAUCCAGCAUAGGUUCCAGCCUGAGCUGCCUGUCAACAAAUGGUUUACCUUCACUUCUUCUGUCACAUCACAUUUUCUUCCUGCCCACCCACUAACAAACACAGGCAACACAGCUAUGAUUUUCCAUCACUAAGGUAUUCUGUUGACAGUUAAAUAUAUAUGUUACUCUCAGUGGCCCAGAUGACUGGUCUAACUUCACUGUUGGUACAUCCUCCAUAUUCUGUUUCCAUCCAGGUCACGCUUCACUGUGGUUUCUCACAGAAAUAAACCUAAAUAGAGCCUUAGGGUGAUUUUUACCUCCCACUGGCUCCUCUUCUGUGAAUUAUUGGUCUGUAUUUAGUGGUUAAGGGAUGUGUGAAAGGGACAUUCAGUGGUCAGCAACCUGAAAAAAGUCAAUCUUUCUCACCCUAAAUCUCAUUUUAGUUCUUGUGUAAAAGCUUAACUGAUAUUAUUGUUUGCAGUUUAUUUAAGCUACCAUUAAAUUAUGUUUAAAUAUCAAAAUAUUCUCUUGGUCUUCUGUAUUUGAUUUUACUCACCUGUUUGACCAAAAGCAAAUUUUCGUUUUUUGAUGAUUUCUUGAACUAAAACAUGCAUAUGCAAAUGAAAAGACUUGUUGUAAAACUACAAGACAAGCAGUGUGGCAGCCUGAGGGGUCUUAACUGAUAACACCCUGGUCCAAAUAGAAGAAAUCACAGCUUAUAUUCAACAUCCAAAAGUGGAAGUCUUUUGAGGAAAAAAAAAAAGUGUUUCUCUGUGUGGUUGAAAUCUGACACCUCAUGGGUUGUGGUGUUGGUGAGCAAAGAGGGUGAGAUACAAAAGCUGAGUGUCAGUGCCUACCUUCACUACUGAGGUGCACACCCCUCCGUCUGCUGGACGACCAGCUGGGAGCUCACUUCAAGGAGCAGUUCUUCGGUUAGCUUGUGAACAUGAACAUCCUGCAAGUCCUGGGUCUCCUUCAUCUGCUGGCUGGACCUGCUUUCACUCUAACACGGCCAGUCCAUGACUACUGGGGAGAGUUUGGAGCUUAUGGGCCCUGCAGUCGCACCUGUGGCACAGGAGUGGCAGUGAGAACCAGGAAAUGUAUCACUUCAAGGACAGAUGGAGGACAUAACUGCAUAGGAUCUUCUAAGUCCUUCAGAACCUGUAAUACUCAUGAAUGUCCAGUCGGAUCCAGGGACUUCAGAGAGGAGCAGUGCUCCCAGUUUGACAGGAUGGACUUUCAGGGAAAACGUCACACAUGGGUUCCUUAUUAUGGAGCAUCCAACCCAUGUGAGUUGAACUGUGUCCCGAGAGGACAGAACUUCUUUUAUCGACACAGACCUGCAGUGGUGGAUGGGACACCGUGUUAUGUGGGCCGCACUGAUAUCUGUGUGGAUGGCACCUGCAGGAUACUGAUCCAUGGAGAGUUUAUGGGCUUGGAUGACGACACUAAUUCCGUACACUCUGCAGCUCCUGUUGUUGUUGCUCCUCACCCAAGGGAGACACUCACAUACAUCUACAAAACUGGUGUCUAUGGCGAGUGCUCCGCCACCUGCAAUGGAGGCAUGCAGUAUCGCAGCGUGGAGUGUUGGGUUCAGGAUCCAGCAAACCCCCGUGUGGUGGAAGCGUCUCACUGCAUUACCCAGCGUCUGCAGCGGCCACAGAGCCAGCAGGCCUGCAACAUGCAUCCGUGUUCUGCUGAGUACAGUGUCUCCAGCUUCAGUGUGUGCUCGGUCACUUGUGGGGAAGGCCAGCAGACGAGGGAAGUGCUCUGCGUGGGACCAGGAGGUGAACGUCUGGCUGACCACGCCUGUAGUGGACUGGCAAGACCUCCUUCGGUCCAGACCUGCCGCAGACCUGCCUGUCACACACACGUCACCUGGCAUGUGACUGACUAUGGACUGUGCACCAGAAGCUGCGGUGGAGGAGUGAGGGAGAGGCGGGUUGGCUGUUUUGAUACAGAUUUGAACCCCUACCCAGACGCCCGGUGUGGAGUAGCUAGCAGACCCAUCUCUGUGGAGACAUGCAACUCACAGCCUUGCCCCAGAGCACAGAGGGUUCCAAGUGUACAGGACCCAAGGGGACAGGAGACCACCAUAAGAGGAUUCGUGCCCCAUGUUCCAGGUGACUCUUCAGCUUCCAGGCCACAAACUAACAUUGCACAUGAGCAUUACCCUGCUGUGAUUGGUCCUCUCUGUGCACAGUCCUUCUAUGGCUGCUGUCCUGAUGGCCAUACAUCUGCCACGGGGCCCAGGAAUGAGGGCUGCCCCCGGGACGACUGUGUUCGCACCAGGUACGGCUGUUGUUUGGAUGGAGUGACUCCAGCUCAAGGAUUUGGAAGAGCUGGAUGUCCUGAGUACCAGACGACUGUAACAACUGUGCACACAACACCACCUCCUGGCUCUCCAUCCACUGGUGAUGUGUGCUCUCUGCCCCGCGAUGAAGGCCCUUGUGACACUUGGAAGGUCCGCUUCUACUAUGACUCAGGCACUAGGAAAUGCACUGAGUUCUGGUAUGGAAGCUGCCAGGGCAAUGGCAAUAACUUUGUAUCCCUGGAAGAGUGCAAGAGACAGUGUGGGGGUGUUGUGAGGGAGCCCCCACCUGCACCUCGCAGACAGACCCCAAGCACAGUGUCACGCAGAGGUUCUCUGAGGGCAAGGGCAAGGGCAAGGGCAUAACCGUGCUCACCAGUAAUAGUUCCAAAUCAUGGAAUAGUCAGUGCUCUCUCUCUGCAGACAAUCACGUGAAAUUUGAUUAUGUAUAAUUUCCUCCCAAAAAUGCUUUGAAAAAAAUUACCACAUCCUACCUUUCAUCUUAGCAUUGGCCUUUACAUUCAAAAUGAGCAGAUAGCUUCACAAUAUGAUAGUGAUACGGCUCAAGCUUACGUUUCUGAUUUUAUUACCUUUUAAUCUUUGGCUUUUUGUUUGUCAUUCUUAGUUGUCAUUCAUUUAUGUGUUUUGCCUUAUAGAUCAGGGCUCAAAUGAUGUCAGUGUGAUUACCCGAGUUAAAUCAUAAAGCUGAUCAAUAAAUUUUCAUUUAUCCAGUAACCCAC